UUCCUGCCAGCGGACGGCCAUCUUGCCUGGAGCCUGGGAGAGUGAGAAGAGAAAGAAGGAACGGGUGACAUUGGUCUCAGGGCCGCCCUGGGGGCCUCAAGAGCUGGAGGCAGCCCCGGAGGUGGUCCUUAAUCCCGGGUCCUGCUCUUGGACCCGUGAAGGACAGGCGGGAGGUGGCGGGGCAAGAUGGGUGGGGAGUACCAAGAUAGAUUGCUCGGCGGGGGAGGGGCAUUGCUAUAGCGCCUGGGGAAGGGAGAGGUGAGGUCCAAAUUGCGGCUGAGAGUCAGGGGCGCUGUCCAGGCCAGGCUGGAGUGGUGACCAUGGUAACGCCCGGUAAGCUUAUGGUGGGUGGGGUUUCAUGACGUCCCUACGUGCAGGGACUCGGUGUCUAUGGCAACGGUAGCCUGGCGGAAGGGGCGGGACUAGAUCUUUUGUCUUGAGACCUAGGUAGCUGAUAUCCCGGGCCUUUGUCCUGCAGGCUCCCGCGGGCGGGCAAGCCGGAGAAGGUGUCUGGAGGCCGGGGAAUGGCCGCGGUGUGGCAGCAGGUCUUAGCAGUGGACGCAAGGUACAACGCGUACCGCACGCCAACCUUUCCACAGUUCCGGACACAGUACAUCCGGCGGCGCAGCCAGCUGCUACGGGAGAAUGCCAAGGCUGGGCACCCCCCAGCACUGCGUCGACAGUACCUGAGGCUGCGUGGGCAGUUGUUGGGCCAACGCUACGGCCCCCUCUCCGAGCCAGGCAGUGCUCGUGCCUAUAGCAACAGCAUCGUACGCAGCAGCCGCACGACCCUUGACCGCAUGGAGGACUUUGAGGAUGAUCCCCGAGCUCUGGGGGCCCGAGGGCACCGCCGUUCUGUCAGCCGUGGUUCCUACCAGCUGCAGGCACAGAUGAAUCGUGCUGUCUACGAGGACAGGCCCCCUGGCAGUGUGGUGCCCACAUCGGCAGCAGAGGCAAGUCGGGCCAUGGCUGGGGACACGUCACUGAGUGAGAACUACGCCUUUGCCGGCAUGUACCAUGUCUUUGACCAGCACGUGGAUGAGGCAGUUCCAAGGGUGCGCUUUGCCAAUGAUGACCGGCACCGCCUAGCCUGCUGCUCACUGGAUGGCAGUAUCUCAUUGUGCCAGCUGGUGCCCGCCCCACCCACCGUGCUCCGUGUGCUGCGAGGCCACACCCGUGGUGUCUCCGACUUUGCUUGGUCCCUCUCCAAUGACAUCCUCGUGUCCACCUCACUCGAUGGGACCAUGCGUAUCUGGGCCUCUGAGGAUGGCCGCUGCAUCCGUGAGAUCCCUGACCCUGAUGGCGCUGGACUACUCUGCUGUACCUUCCAGCCUGUCAACAACAACCUCACUGUGGUGGGGAAUGCCAAACACAAUGUUCACGUCAUGAAUAUCUCCACGGGCAAGAAAGUGAAGGGUGGCUCCAGCAAACUGACAGGCCGUGUCCUUGCUCUGUCCUUUGAUGCCCCUGGCCGGCUGCUCUGGGCGGGUGAUGACCGUGGCAGUGUUUUCUCCUUCCUCUUCGACAUGGCCACAGGGAAGCUGACCAAAGCCAAGCGUCUGGUGGUACACGAGGGUAGCCCUGUGACCAGCAUCUCUGCCCGUUCCUGGGUUAGCCGUGAGGCUCGGGACCCCUCACUGCUUAUCAAUGCUUGUCUCAACAAGCUGCUGCUCUACAGGGUGGUGGACAACGAAGGGACCCUGCAGCUAAAGAGAAGCUUCCCCAUUGAGCAGAGCUCACACCCUGUGCGCAGCAUCUUCUGCCCUCUCAUGUCCUUCCGCCAGGGGGCCUGUGUGGUGACGGGCAGUGAGGACAUGUGUGUGCACUUCUUUGAUGUGGAACGGGCAGCCAAGGCUGCUGUCAACAAGCUGCAGGGCCACAGUGCACCUGUGCUUGAUGUCAGUUUCAACUGCGACGAGAGCCUUCUAGCUUCCAGUGAUGCCAGCGGUAUGGUCAUUGUCUGGAGGCGUGAGCAGAAGUAGUGUUCUUUUGGCCCUGCCACUGUCCACUUUCCCAUACCCUCCUCUCUUACUGCAGACUUGAGUUUGUAAAUAAAGUUUCUGUGGUGGUACAGAUGGCUGGCUCCCAGGUCUGCUGGUUGGGGGAAUGGUGGGAGUGGGCAGCUUUAGAACCCAAGAUGGAAUGUGG